AAACAUUCCUACUUUUCGUUAAUUUUUAUGUUUGCCUGGAUUUUAUCAAGAGAAAAGUAUGUAGUUGUAUUAUAGUUAUUGCCAGUAAAAUCACUUUUCAAUUGUCUUGAAAUAUUUUUAGAGAAAAUUAUUUACUGUGUUGGAAAAAAAUAGGAUAUAUUUACAAGCGAUGAAGAAAAUGAUAUUUUUGUUAAAUACAUUCAGCUAGGAUUUAAUAUUUUGUACAUUACAUCAAUCUAGCUUGACACAUUUGACAAGAAUUUGUAGAUGCUUAAACAUGACGUCUCCCGAGGAAUUAAAGUUACAAAAAGUUCUUGAAUUAUUUUUAAUCCCAGAUUACAAUAUCGUAAGAACAACUUACUUAGAUUUAUUACUUAUGCAUAUUGGUGAGGAAAUUAAAAAAGGUAAAAUUAUACUACAAAAUCAAGUUAUUUCACAAAUUACACAAAAUUGGAUAUAUAUUGCAUUGAAUACAUGGAACGAAAAUUGGAAACCAUGUCAAAAUGUAUCGAUUUUUACAAUUAAAUUAAUAGGUCUAAUGUCAGAGAAUGAAUCAAUCUUCAUUAAAUUAUGUCAAAACAAUGUUCAUAAAAAGACGUGUUCAAUUUUUGAUUUAGAAAAGAAAGAUUUAUCGGCAUCCAUGAAGAUGGCUUUCACAACAUUUUUCAUUAAUUUACUCGAACAUUGUAGUGGACGACAAUGGAUUGCUGAAACAGGCACAUGGAAGGAAAUAUUAAGGUUUGCACAGUUAAAUCACACAAUGUAUGUGACGAGAGAGAGUAAAAAAUUUCUUUCUGUAUUUCUUGUUCAAGAAAGCCAUAAUCGGAAAUUGUGUGAAGAAAUCAUUCUUGCAGUUACCGAGCCCCUAAUAAACGCAACACUUGAUUCUCAAGUCAAUAGCCAAUUAUGUAUUAUUGACAAGAACGUCCUCUUUGAUCAAAAUAAUCUUUUAUUAACGACACUGGAUCUAUUAUUGGCGAUACUGGACUAUGCAAGCUUUUGUGAUCUUGUAAAUCCAAUACCUGCUAUGUUUGAAGAAUUUACUGCUUUAGAAAGUCGCGUUAAUGUUGUAUUCGAAGUGAGUAUCAGCACUCCAUUUAUGAAAACAGUACAUAAGUUAUCCAAGCUGCUCAUAUUCACCAAACUGAGAUCCUCGCUUGAAGAGUCACAUCUCAUAUCGGAGAAAGUCUUUGAGCAGUUCUGUCUGGGAUUAUGCUACAAUUCUACUAUGCUAUUGUCCAAAAAGUAUAUAUUAGAUCUUGUAAUAUCAAAAAAGUUGGGACUCAUUUAUUGGAAAAGGCUGAAUAAAUUAAAAAAAAUGGAAGUACCCAAACCUUACAAGGUUGAGAAUCAAGCUAUAGCAUUAAUGAUUCUACCUUUAUGCGUGACAAUGAAACCCAAAUAUAUGAAAGUUCACUAUCUCUUUGAAGAGUUUAUGGAAAAACUGUUUGCUGUGACUUGUACACCUGUUCAGAGGCUCGCCUACUCUAUAAGAGACGUCAUUUGUAAAAAUGACUUCCCAAUGGAAUUCAUUUGUAAAUCAACCGUUGAUCACUUAUUAGAAAUUGUCGAUAUUAUGGAUAGGGAAUCAGCGGUAAUAGUAUUCCAAACACUGUGCCACGCGCUCAAAAAUUUCAUCGCUAAGUCCGAGGGCAACAGCAAUCCAUCCACGGACUCGCUGAACCCAAGCAGUGGCACCACAAAUGUUCAUCAGCUGAAAAAAAAAGUCUACCGGCACUUCCUCGACGGCGAUCCCAUUAACGAUAAGCGCACGCUCUUGGCUGCUCUUCUUAAUGGUCUUAACGUGCUCACCGAGAAGUUCAAGCUCAAAUGGCAGGAGUGCGUCGAGACCAUAUGCGUGCUUUCCAUCGCCCAAGAUAUACUUAAUCACCCAGGCGUGGAUUCCAAGAUAUGCACGCUGGCACUGAAAACAUGUAAGCUGUCAAUUGAAAAUUUUAUGCCGCCGAAUUUGGCAUUACUAGUCGAUUUUGAUGAUCACACGAGGGAAAUCGGGCCUACUUUAUUCAAACGAAUUCAUGAUGCAAACUGGGAGGUACAGGAUAGCGUACUUGAAAUCCUUAAAACCAUCGCUUGCCUCUCGGAAAAUAAAUAUCCUCCGUACCAAAAUUUCUUGCUCGAAAAUCAUUUUCUACAAGUGGCAGUUGAUAUUGCAAAGAACGACAGUGAAAGUUACGUACGAGCUUCCGCGUUGACUUUUAUUUCUACGGCUGUGCGAAUUAAUUCACUUUGGGAUAAGCUGCUGAGUCAAUUAAAUUUAUUGGAUUUAGCCAUGAAGUUAGUUUACACGGAGAAUGAGGCUAUCGUUAGAAGAGAAGCUGUGAUUUUAAUAAAGGAGCUGUACGUUUACAGAAAGUGGCAGAGACAAAUGGUAAAUUCAAUGAGUCAAGCAAUGACCGUCGCUGCCGUUUUAGAUUUACACUGGGAAGUGAAGAUCAAUGCAUUGGAAUUUUGGAGGCACUUCAUAAAAUCUCAUUUGACUGAUCAAGGCAUGCUCGAUGGUCAUUUUCCAACCGUCACUUUCUCCAAAGAGCAUAGGAAAAUUAUGUCACUUGACGAGACUGAAAUUAAGCACAGACUCAAUAAGACUCUUGAUGAAUUGGCCAGACAACGCUGUCUUGGGGUGUUACUAGUGGCCCUGAACGACGAAAGCGAUUUGGAAGUGUCGAAAACAUCGGCCAACAUAAUUUCCGAGUUACGUCGACUCCUCGUCAAGUACAAAAUUCACGAGACAACUGUGGAGGUAGACUUGUCGCAAAACUGUACCAUCAACGAUAUGCAAUGCGAGAAGGAAAUAGAUACGGACUCCGGAAAUGGCCGUGAUGCUUCGCGAUCGAGUGCCGCCUUCAAUGUAAUCGAGGAGAUCGUGGACGCGAGCGAUGCGAAUCUUCUUGCCUCGAUUUACCGAAACUCCAUGAAAAUGGACGAUAAUUAUGGCGAUUACACGAGCCACCAAACAUUCGAGUACAUCGAGACGGUGAAGAGAGCCGACUUUCUCAAGACGAUCUUCAAUUUUGAUUUCGAGAGCUACAUUAAAGAGCGCAGCGAGUGGCUGCAGAAUUACACAAGCAGCUUCGAUUCCGUCCUCGAUGAUAUCCUUAUCGUUAACGAUAGAAAGGACGUCAAUAUUAUGGAUUGUUAUUAAAAGUCUAAUGUUCUCGUUAGAUUUCAAUUACCUUGAUUUUCAUUGAUUUGCCAGAUCGGACAGGUCGUCGUCUAUUUAUCGGUAAAGAAAUCGUUAAAUAAAUAUAUAAAGCAAAUUGAAUGAUAUCACGAAGAUACAAAAUGGGAUUGAAUCUUGGAACAGAAAAUUAAAAAUGUGCAAUAUACGGAUAUCCAUAAAAAUUAUCUUUACUUGUUCAGUCUGCGAUUCUGUGUUGUCUGUAAGAAUAAUAAAAGUUAUAUCUUUUUUAUUGAACUAUCUUGGGCG